AUGGCCUGCGUCCCCUCCUCAUCCACCCCAUGGAAGAAACCUGACACAACCACCCGGCCCAUCGCCAUAAUCGGCGCCGGAGUAAUGGGCCGACGCAUCGCCAUGAUGUGGGCAGCAGCAGGCUACAACAUCGAGCUCUGCGAAAAAGCCACGCACAACCACACCGAAGCCCUAGAUUACAUCCGCAACAACCAAGACGCCCAGGCCAAGAAAAUGGGCACAAAGCCCGGCUCCGUGAAAAUCACCACGUGCCUCGACGAAGCCUGCAGCAACGCGUGGAUGGUCAUCGAGGCCGUGCCAGAGAAACUCGAGAUAAAAAUCGAAAUCCUGGGCUACAUUGAUGCGGCUGCGCCGGGCGACUGCGUCGUGACGACGAACUCGUCGUCGCUGCGCUCAUCGCAGAUGCUCGCGAACACGAAGCAUAAUUACCGCAUCUGUAAUGGGCACUAUUACAUGCCGCCGGAGCAGUGUUUCUACGAGGUUAUGUCGUGUGGGCAGACGGAUGAGGAGAUCCCGGGUUUCUUGAUGGAGAAGUCGAAAUCUGCGGGGUUCCAGCCUGUGCAUGCGAAGGAGGAGUCGACGGGCUUGGUGUUUAAUCGGAUUUGGGCGGGGAUUAAGCGGGAGGUUUUGCUUUGUAUGGCGGAUGGGGUUAGUGAUGCCAAGACUAUUGAUGCGAUGUUUAAGUCGUGGUUUGUGGCGCAGAAGGGUCCUUGUCAGAUGAUGGAUACGGUGGGGUUGGAUACUGUUUACAAUAUCGAGGUUGUGUACCAGCAGCAGCUUGGGUUGAAUCCGAAGGUCAAGGAUUGGUUGAAGGCUACCUAUGUUGAUAAGGGUAAUCUGGGUAAUAAGAGUGGGAAGGGGUUGUUGAGUUGA